UGCACAGCUGCUGCUCAGCAUGCCUUGGCUGCUCCAGCUCUGCACGCUCUGACCAUGAGCAGCAAUUCCUCCCUCGUCAAUGUGAAGGGCCUGAGGAACCUCACCACGCUGGAAAAUGGGGCUCUCAGAGUCACCGAGUCUAUUGCGAUAAUCGUCAUUGCCAUUUUCAUCUGCCUGGGCAACCUGGUGAUUGUUGUCACCCUCUACAGGAAGUCCUACCUUCUCACACUGAGCAACAAGUUCGUCUUCAGCCUGACCCUCUCCAACUUUCUUCUCUCUGUUCUGGUGCUGCCUUUUGUUGUCACCAGCUCCAUCAGGAGGGAAUGGAUCUUCGGAGUCGUGUGGUGCAACUUCUCAGCCCUGCUCUACAUGCUGAUCAGCUCAGCCAGCAUGCUCACUCUUGGACUCAUAGCCAUAGACCGGUACUAUGCUGUGCUGUACCCGAUGGUUUACCCAAUGAAGAUUACAGGCAACAGAGCAGUGGUAGCCCUCGUGUACGUGUGGCUGCAUUCCCUUAUUGGCUGUCUCCCUCCCCUCUUCGGCUGGUCGUCGUUGGAGUUUGACCAGUUCAAGUGGAUGUGCGUGGCAGCCUGGCACAAAGAGGCUGCCUACACUGCCUUUUGGCAGAUCUGGUGCGCAUUGCUGCCUUUCGUCGUCAUGAUGAUCUGCUAUGGAUUCAUAUUCCGCGUGGCUAGGAUUAAAGCCCGCAAAAUCCACUGUGGUAGCGUGGUUAUUGUGGAGGAAGACUCACAGAGGAAUGGGAGGAAGAACUCCAGCACCUCCACGUCCUCUUCCGGCAGCCGGAGGAAUGCCUUCCAGGGAGUUGUCUACUCUGCCAACCAGUGCAAAGCUUUCAUAACCAUCUUGGUUGUCAUCGGGGCUUUUGUGAUUACCUGGGGACCUUACAUGGUAGUAAUUACAUCAGAGGCACUCUGGGGAAAGAACAGUAUUUCUCCUGCCUGGGAGACAUUAGCUACGUGGUUAUCGUUUUCAAGCGCCAUUUGCCAUCCACUGAUUUAUGGACUGUGGAACAAAACAGUGCGCAAGGAACUGCUAGGAAUGUGCUUUGGGGAUCGGUAUUACCGCGAGUCUUUUGUUCAGCGGCAUAGGACAUCAAGGCUAUUUAGCAUUUCCAAUAGGAUCACAGAUCUGGGGCUGUCUCCCCAUCUCACUGCCCUCAUGGCAGGCGGACGGCCCUUGGGGAACAGCAGCAGCACAGGAGACACUGGCUUCAGUUGCUCGCAGGAUUCAGGAACAGACGUAAUGCUCCUAGAAGAUUAUAGCUCCGAUGGCCCUCAUCCCCCGCAGUGCAUCUGUCCUCCUCGAAGGAGGAGUUCAGUGACCUUUGAAGAUGAAGUGGAACAAAUUAAAGGUGAGUUUAGGGAAGCUGCAAAGAAUUCAGUUCUUCAUGUAAAAGCAGAAGUCCAUAAAUCUCUGGACAGUUAUGCAUCCAGUUUAGCAAAAGCUAUCGAAGCGGAUGUGAAAAUGAGCUUGUUCGGGGAGGAGGCUUUACCAGGAGCUCUGCUGCCUGUGCGGACUCUGCCAGGAAACAGUAUGAACACACGGCGUAGUACCAGACCCCAUGCCAGCCAGAGACUUCAGCUGCAGAGCAUCGAUGAAGGGAACGUUUGACAAGAAGAGUAACAAGAAAAAGAAGAAGAAGAAACCACUAAGUAUGACCUAAUACAGCUGUUACUGUUUAAACAGAAAUGGGAUACCCCGUUGGAAAGUUUUCAGUGUUUUGUCAAGAAUACUUGAAAGGCAGCUGAAUUACAGUAUAUACUUACAUCAGAAUUUCACAGCAGUAUCUGUUUACAGUUUAGGGUGCUAUUGAGUUUUUUUUUCUUUUUUGUGCCAUGUCUUAAAUCUGUCACACAGUGCAUAAGAACACAGGAUUUGGUUUCAUGGACCACAUCACUGGUCCAUCAGAUCUUGUGUCCAUUAGUGGCCAAAGCUUAUACAGUUAUGAGAAAGGAAAGGUAUAUGCAGUGUUUUAUACAGUAUUGUGGAAAUCCUUUUCUGACCAUGUGGAUAAUCAGGCUGCAUUCCAGAGCUGGAGGUAUGAGUGCUCUGACAGGAGCUUGUGCAUUGAGUAUUUCAUACAGUGUAUUGUUGCAGACUCCCAAAUGAUGGAGUAUGAAUUUGACUGAGGUAUAAAAUCUGAGCUUUCCAGAAAGCUCACGCAGAUUAUGGUCCUAUUUACUCUUGCUAGUAGAUGAUUUUUCCAGCUGUUGAACCAUCAUGCUGUGUCUGAAACUGGAUUACAUGUUGCUUCUCUUUUAUGAGAAGCCAGUUUCUCAGAUGUA